CAAUUCGUUGUAGAACUAUGGGAGUCCAUCUUCACUCCAGGCGUCACACCCACACUGCUCAAAGCAACCUACGGCGCCUUCAUCAUGCUCAUCACUACGCUCUCUGUGCUCCUCUUCUUCACUCGAAACAUCCAUGUCUUGGCGCUCCUCGUACUCAGCUUUGGCCUUGUCUUGAGUCUUGCUUGGUUCCUUCAAGAACUUGAAAUUGCCAAAGCUCAA